AUGACAUUGGAUCAAGACAACCUUCGCGCACGCUUCUGUCAUGCCCUCUCGGAAAUGUACAAAGCCGAAGUGCCCCUAUACGGGGACCUCGUCGACCUCGUCUGGCAAGCCGACGCAGAGGCCCUCCAGACCAGCCAGCAGCAGCACGGCAACACCACGACCACGACCACAAUCAACCCGGACGAGAUCCUCCCCGCCCGGAACCGCGUCGAACGACACGGCGCCAUCCGCCUCGGCACCACCCGCGAACUCUCCACCAUCCGCCGCCUGUUCGCCGUCAUGGGCAUGAGCCCAGUGGGAUACUACGAUCUGAGCGUCGCCGGAUUGCCCAUGCACGCGACUGCCUUCCGGCCGCGCACGCGCGAGGCACUCGCCCGGCAGCCAUUCCGGGUAUUCACGACCGUGCUGCGGAUGGAGUUGCUAAGUGAGCGGACGAGGGCGCUGGCAGAGCGGGCGCUCGCGCAGCGGGAUAUCUUCACUCCACGGUUACUGGAGCUACUCGAUCUGUCCGAGCAAAAGGGGACGCUAAGCUGCGAUGAGUGCGAGGAGUUCAUCACCGAGGGGCUAGAGACCUUCCGGUGGCACUCGCGGGCGACGGUCACGCUGGAGGAGUACCGCGUCCUCAAAGCGGAGCAUUCCCUCGUGGCGGAUAUCGUCUCCUUCCCCAGCUGCCACAUCAACCAUCUGACGCCGCGGACGAUCGAUAUCGACCUUGUGCAGAGAAUGAUGCGCGAGAGUGGGAUGCCGGCUAAGGAGCGCAUCGAGGGCCCGCCGCGCCGUGUGAACCCCAUUCUCCUGCGUCAGACGAGCUUCAAGGCGCUAGAGGAGACGGUGUACUUCCGUGAUGGCGGGGGUGAGUACGUGAGGGGCUCGCACACGGCAAGGUUUGGCGAGGUUGAACAGCGGGGGUAUGCGCUGACGCGGAAGGGGCGCCAGCUGUACGAUCAGAUCCUUGCGCGAGUGAAUCGCGAUGCGGCUGGCUCGGAGCCGGCGGAGUAUGAGAGGAUCUUGAGGAAAUGCUUCGAGGAGUUCCCUGAUGAUCUGGAACAGCUUCAGGCGGAGAAACUGGCUUUCUUCUGUUAUCGGGUGACGCCGCAUGCCUCGAAGGGGGAUUAUCAUGGCGUAAAAUCUGUUUCGCUGGCGCAGUUGUUGAAGGACAAGGUCCUCGACUACGAGCCCAUCACGUACGAGGACUUUCUCCCUUUAUCCGCCAGGGGUAUCUUCAACUCGAACCUGGCCAACAUGUCACAGUCUAAGCAGCUGAUCAUGGAGGCUGACACUGAUCUGGAUGGAUUUCAACGGAUGCUGGGGGCUCCUGUCUUGGACGAGUUUUGUUUGUACGAACAGAUCCAGCAGGAGAGUUUGGAGAGUUGUCGCCAGCAGUUGGGAGUUGAAUCAAUUGACUGA